AUGUCACAACAAUAUUCUCAUCAUGUGCCAGAUCCAAUACAUUACCUUCCUCCUCCAACUCCACCUAAUUCGAUCUAUUCACACAAGCAUACUGGUUUAGGAAAAACAUCAACCUACUAUGAUGAUAGUGAAAGACCAUCAUAUGAACCUCAACAUACAUCUUACAUGUCACCACAAGCUAGUUAUCCCCCACCUCCAAGUUUUGAACAAGCUGUGAAUAGUGGUAGUGAUGACGCUCAUACAAAAUUUAGUCCAAGGCCAAAAUAUCAAGAUUUAU